ACCAUCUCCUCCCCCUCCACUCUGCCUGCCACCACCUCUGCUGCCCACCCUCGUCACGUCGCGUUGGAGCCGGCGUCGUCGCGCCGUCAACCGGCGAUGCCCUCGCCACUCGCCGUCGCAUCGCUCGGGAGUUGUCGUAGUCGCUGAUCGCGGGGCUGCCCGCCAUUCGCCAUGCGCUCGUCGGCGGUGCGCCUGUCGUCCGCCUGCCGGCGCAUCCUCGUCAGCUCUCCGCCCUCACAGCUUCCAACCCCGAGGCCCGGAUUCACCCAAGCCACCUCGUCCGAGCCUCAACACGCUCGGCAUCGCGCGUUUUCAGCUUCGGCGUGCGUACAUACUAGUCCAAGCCAGCCUCGCUGUCGAAAGGGCGCGAAGCUUCUGACUGGCUGGGGAGGAGGGAGCUUGCGGAUGAUGACGUCAGCCGUGACAGAUGGCGAGCCACGUCAGGCUGACGUGGACGAGUUCAGAGAGUGCCUGUCGCGAGCAUCGCGCGUGGCGGUGCUGACCGGGGCGGGCGUGUCGGCGGCGUCGGGUGUGGCCACCUUCAGAGGGGCGGGCGGGCUGUGGCGCACGUACGACGCCAUGGAGCUGGCAACGCCGCAAGCCUUUGCUGCUGAUCCAUCCGUGGUGUGGGAGUUCUACCACUACCGCAGGUGCGUGGUGUCGCGGUGCUCGCCGAAUGCGGGGCACGUGGCGCUGGUGCGGCUGGAGCAUCGGUGCAGGGACGAGGGGAGGGCGUUCACGCUCAUCACACAGAACGUGGAUGGGCUGCACGCAGCAGCCGGCAGCAGCGCGCUGGUCGAGCUGCACGGCUGCCUCUGGCGCACACGCUGCCUCGCUUGCGGGGAUGUCGCUGAGAACCGCACUCAACCCAUCUGCGCUGCUCUGGAUGGCAAGGGUGCGCCUGACCCGUCUGCCAGGGGAGCAAGCAUACCCCUCAAGGACUUGCCACGCUGCUCAAAGUUGCCAGCGGCUGCAGCCUCGGCCCGAGCCUGCAAUGGGUUGCUUCGGCCGGACGUGGUUUGGUUUGGGGAGUGUCUUGACCCUGGGGUGCUGCAAGCAGUGGACGAUGCCCUCACCGGUUGUGACCUGCUUCUUGUUGUUGGAACCUCGGGGGUUGUGCAUCCAGCGGCGGGGUUUGCGCGGGCGGUGCGGCGGGCAGGGGGGCAGGUGGCGGAGGUCAAUGCGGAGGCCACCCCGCUCUCGCCGCUCGCUCAAUGGAGGUUUCUAGGCGACUCUGCCACGCUGCUGCCACUGCUGCUUGGGGGCUGACAAUAGCGAGAGAGCCCUUGAAACACAGCGGCAAAACAAUUUUUUGGACAGCGAGAUGAGGGAGCACCGUAGUUUCGACCAUACCUCACGGCCCUGAACAGGUUGGCAGGAACGAUUCGGCAAUUUCCAUCCCCUCUACUCAUCUCAUGUUCAAACCAGGGCUCUCGUUAUCAGACCAAAUCGGAAUGAUGGUCUGAAAAUCAGACCAGUUUUUUAUGUUAGAGCGUGUUCCUACCAGCCUCUUCCCAGGCUAUCUUCCCAAAAUCGGCGAUCGCCUGAGAGCGUGUUCGAAGAACCGUUUUCCAGCUAAUUCGUUUUAGAAUCGCUUAUCAGAAAUUGAAGAAGUGAAUGAUGUUAGAGAG